AAAAGUACAAAGAUCGGGAGCCGGAGGGUCGGAGAGGAGAUCAAAAGCCGGCAAGCAGCGGAGAGAGCAGAAGCAGCGGGGUAUCCGGAGGGGUAUUACUGCCCGGGGCUGCAGUCUGCCCUCCUGUCAUGUGCCCGGAAUUGGAGGCUUCUGCAAGCAGCACUCCCAGCCAGGACUAGCAGGAGGCGAGCACUCGUAUGGGUUAUUGGAGAUCACUAAGGCUGUGAGACCGAGAUCGGAACAAACAUGAAGAGUCUAAAGGCAAAGUUCAGGAAGAGUGAUACUAACGAGUGGAGCAAGAAUGAUGAUCGUCUUCUUCAGGCUGUGGAUCACGGGGAAGCUGACAAAGUAGCCGCGUUGCUGGGAAAGAAAGGGGUGGUUGCCACUAAAUUAGACAGCGAGGGCAAAACUGCUUUCCAUCUUGCUGCUGCGAAGGGGAACGGGGAAUGUCUGAGGGUAAUACUGGCUCACAGCGUUGAUGUCUCAUCACAAGAUGCAGCAGGCCGCACUGCUUUGCAUUUGGCUAUUUUGAAUAACCAUUUAGACUGUGCCAAGAAACUCCUGCAGUCAAAGACCCCAGUUGACUGCACAGAUGUGGCUGGGAAGACCCCGCUGCACUACGCAGUUGCCAAUGGCUCAAUACCAGCACUGCAACUCCUGACAGAGCAGAAAUGCCCCCUCAAUGUGAAGGAUGCGGAAGGAAAUACCCCUCUGCUCAUAUCGAUAUUACAUGGACAUACAGAAGUGUUGAAGUAUCUCUUGGAUCACAAAGCUGACAUAAAUUUGAAGGACAAGAAUGGAAGGACUCCAUUAAUUUUGGCAUGUGAGUCCGGUAACCUCAAUAUGGUGGACAUCUUAGUGCAUAUGGGGGCCGACCUCAAGGCAACAGAUGCUCUAGGACAUGACGCUCUUCAUUAUUCCAGAGUGUCCGGAAACUUGAAGAUCGUCAACCUCCUUCUGUCCAAGCUCAGCCAAGAAUCAGGCAUGAAGACCCCAACAAAGCCAGUCCAGCAUGAUCAAGUCACUAAAUUAAGUUCUGAGAGAAGUGGGACUCCAAAAAAGCGCAAAGCUCCGCCACCACCUCCUAUCAGUCCUUUACAGCUAAGUGACAUGUCCACCCCGUUGUCAUCAACAUCCACACCACUGUCUCCAAAAGGGCAAGUGUUCUUCCCUGAUCAACCCAGCAAGGACGACUCUGCUGCCUCCAGACUGGAAUAUAAGGACAGACUGAGUGACAGUACAGGGGAUGACAGUCUGUUUGAUGUAAGCUCAGAAGCAGAGCAUCAAGACGCCGUUUCAUUACUCCAAGCAAAGGUUGCUGAUCUCACCUUAUUAAACAAGGAGUUGCAAGAAAAGUUGCAGGAGAAAGUCAGCAAUGAGCCCGUGGUGGAUAUUAGCUGUGACUCGUUUCACUCCACACAGGCAGAAUUAAGCAUGUCUCUCUGCAAAAAUCAAGACGCAAAGUCACCCGCCGUCAUUUCUGAGAACUCUGACGUUUCUUUUGAUUCCCAACCCGAAACAGCGAGUAGUGAACUGAAAAUGAAGCACCUUGAGAAAGCCGUGGAAGACUUGCAAAGGCGACUAAAUCAAUCGGAAGAGGAAAGGAAGAAGUUGGAGGAUCGGAUGAAUUCCGUCUCUUCUAGUUUUCGGCAGUCUGUUGAUUCUGAGGUUUUUGAAGAGCCUCCCGAGUUGAUAAAGUAUGAGCUUCAUGGAUUAGAAGAAAAAAACCUAGAAAGUGCGCGGGAAAAAACUGAUGUGCCUGAGGAAUCGGAGGAAUUACAAGAGAACGCUAGAACAAGUAAAGAAAGAUUGUUGCUACUUGAAGAGUUAGAAGCAUUGAAUAGCGAGUAUAAGGAUGCCCAAGCUGAAAAUGAAAGGAAAGAGAUGGAGUUGAGGGAUUUGAAACAUCAACUGGAUACAGUAACGGAAAGCAUGGUCAAGCUGGUGUCUGUGGAACAGCAAGAGGAAAGGGAGAGGUCUUACCGCGCUCUUAUAGAACAGAUCAAUCAAGAGAAUGUUAAACUAAGUGAUAUGUACCAAGAGAAAGUAGAGGAACUGGAGAAAUGGCAGAAGGAAUUAGAAAGUCAGAAGCAGUUGGCAACCCAGGAACAGGAUAGACAAGUAAAGGACGACAUGGCUCGAAGAAUAGAAGAGUUAAGCAGCCAAGUAAGUGAUCUGUCUUUGUUGUACAGCGAAGCCCAGGUGGAAGUUGAGAGGACAAGGCAAGCUUCACGGGAUCUCCUGCUUGACUUCAUCCAGAAAGACGAGCAUGCCAAAAUUGUGCAAGAAAUUAAAGAGAGCAAAGAGAAAGUGGAGAAGGACUUAGGUGAUCUCAUGUCGGAGCACACCAGGACUCUAGAAGAAGUGUGUCAGCUGAAACAGCUAGAGAAGGAGAUGGGGAACUCGCCGCUGGUUUCGGAGCAAGUGAAGGUUAUUGAUGCUUUAAAGAAUACUCUUGGCGAAAUGGAAGUGGAAAGAAAGGAGCUACGAGUGCAGCUCGCUUCCAAGGAAUCUGAUGUCAGCCGUUUACAAGAAGAACUGGAAGAGCAAAAGAGCAUCGCGCAGGAAACAAUGGUCGUUAGAAAAGCUUCUGAACAACGGCAGGCAUCUCUAGAAGAAGAGAUUAGCACUUUGUCUGCGGAGUUAGCAGACCUUAUGAAGGAGAAAGAAAGGUUAUCUAUGAACAAUGGACAAGUGGCAAUGGAACUUGUGCAGUUAAAGGGGGAAAAAGAAAGUUUGCAGUCACAGCUUAGAUCAAAAGAGCAAGAAAUCCACGGGUUUCAGGUGAAAUAUGACAAAGCCCAGGAAGAGCUGAAUGAAAUGAAGAAAUUCACUCAAAACACUUCAAAAUUAGAAGAAGAAAAAGAUAAAAAGAUAAACGAGUUAUCCAAAGAAGUGAGUAAAUUGAAGGAAGCGCUAAACAGCCUUUCUCAACUGUCCUUCUCGUCAAGCACUCCGAAGAGACAGAGCCAACAGCUGGAAGCCAUGCAGCAACAAGUCAAACAACUGCAGAACCAGCUGGCGGAGACAAAGAAACAACACCAGGAUAUUGUGUCAGUUUACAGGAUGCAUCUUCUAUAUGCAGUUCAGGGUCAAAUGGAUGAAGAUGUCCAGAAAGUGCUGAAACAGAUACUGACUAUGUGUAAAAGCCAAUCGCAAAAGAUCUGAUGGAUAAACUCACAUGAGGACGGAUAGUUCAUAUAGCACUGCCUCCUAGUAUUACUUAUCCUUCCAGGAAAUGCAUCAGAUAUGCUGGAUUUUAAACGUUUUGAGUUCUUCUGUAUCAGAAAAUUAUGUAUUUUAUAUUUUUUGAUAAGAAACCACAGUUUGCGUUGAACUUUUUAUUAUGAACCCUAAUAGUUUUCUUCCAAUUGUUUCCCGGACCUUCGGGAAGCUUAGGUUAGAAUAGUUCAUUUUCCAAAAUGUAUUAAAAUGAUAAGAACUUA